GACUCCAGGGGCCAGAGGGAAGGGGCGCGGGCGGGCCCGCGAGCCGCUACGAGCGCCGCGCGCGCCAAGGGGCGGUGGUGAGUGCAAAGCAAAUAAAAACAUGUACAGAAUUCCAAAGUCUUCAGGAAGCACCUAUCUACCUCAGGAUGAAACAAGCCAUGGCACCAACAGUGACAGCUCAGACACAGAAAAUCAAAGCCAAGAUCUAAACUGGCUAUCUCACAGACAAGGACCCACACCCAGUAGUACUGAAAGCCAGACCCCUAUUAGUCUCAGGCAGGAAGAUAGGCAGCUUCAAUGCUCACCCAAGAAAGGUAUCAGGCUUGUCUUCCACUUGCUGGGGCUAUGCAUAACAGUUCUGUGGCACUUUGUGUUGAGAAUCUGCGGCGCUUUUGCAAGGAAGAUUUGGGCUCGAAAGAUUAUUUCACUGGUGCUGUUCCUCCUUUCUUUAUUCUUUUUUGGUACUUACCACAUGAGAUUGCUUGAUGGAGGAGGAAUUCAGAUGUCCAGGGGAAUAUAUAAUGGCUUUGUCCUCUAUGAUUUUAACCAUUUCUGGCACAAGGAUGAAUCAGAGAUAUAUGGAAUGGAUAUGGAGUCUCUAAGGCAGGCAAACCAUGUUUUGAAAGAAAUCCAAUCUCUUAAAGAGCAGGUAGAUAAGCUACAGACAGAGCUUCAUGCUCUGAGACAAGGUACAAAGGACAUCACCCAGCGUGCUAUCAGUGAAGCCCUGGAAGGGAGUGAGAUCAAAGGCGUUACAACAUGGACUGUUAAAAGGAUGCUGAAUAAAGUACUUGAAAAGCUGGAUGAAGACCAAGUCCAGAUGCCUGAUUAUGCCCUAAAAUCAGCAGGUGCCAGCAUUGUUCAGUCCAGAACUACUAGGAGCUACCGUCAUAAUAGAGGAAAAUUCUUUUGGUUAUCAUUUCCAAUGCUGGUUUUUGUAAAGUCUCCAGAAGUUAUUCUUCAGCCCAAUAAUUAUCCUGGGGACUGCUGGCCUUUCCCAGGAAGUCAGGGUGAAACUGUCAUCAAACUGGCUGUGGAAAUAAUUCCAAGAGCAGUUACAAUGGAGCACAUUCCCAAGAAAAUCUCCCCUACAGGAGAAAUCUCCAGUGCUCCUAAGGACUUCGCUGUCUAUGGUCUGAUGGAGGAAGAUGAGGAGCAAGGAACUUUCUUAGGACAGUUCAUAUAUAACUGUGAAGGAGAUUUAUUUCAAACAUUCCAAUUGAAGAAUGAACUUUCUGAAUUCAUGAGGUUCGUGAAAUUGAAAGUGCUAAACAAUUGGGGACACCCAGAAUAUACCUGCAUUUAUCGAUUCAGGGUACACGGAGAUCUAAAACAUACCCAGGAGUUCUUUAAACAGAAUCCCACACCUUAGGAACUCAAAAUGGCAACAACACCAGCAAACUAAAAAUGAAAUUCUUAAGAUCCACUCCACUUCAUCACCCAAGUGAAAGGGUGUCCAUAGAAGACAAAAAUAGAAAAAUAAAAAUGCAAACAACAUUAUUUUUGGCAAAAUUGUUUUUAUUCUUCAAAAUGUUAUUGUUUCUAUAGAAAAAGGUACAGUGUGUAUAGUAAAUAAAUAGUAUUUGUCUAAUAUUUCUGAGAUUGCCUGGGGUAGGAAAUUUGAAUCUGAGCGAAGAGGGUUCUACAGGGCAGGAUUUAACCUUAGGUGCCCCUAGGCACAGCAUCUUCAGCACCCCCUCGCCCCACCCCACCUCCAGUUGACCUUCAUAUUUUCUGUAGAAAAAUGAAAUUUUUUAACCCACUUUUAACUUGUAGGUGUCCCUAGAACACUGGUGACCCUAGGCACAUGCUACUGUGCCUAAUGGGAAAUCCGGACCUGGGAUUCUAAUGAGAUAGAAAUAUGUCAGAUGGAUUUUUCUUCAAAUCUAAAUUAUUAA